AGUAAAAUUUUGGUUAGAUUAUUUUUCAACAAAUUUUGUUAUAGUUAAAAUAAUAAUAGUUUUAAUUUAUAGUUAGUUUAUUAUUAAUGUAAAUAAUCAAAUAUUUCUUAUUAACUAGUUCUUUAAGUGGUCUUAUUAUUACUUGUUAAUAGUAGAUAAAAAAUAAAAUUCAAAAAAUAAAAAAUAGUAGAUAAAAAGUAGGAUAUUAGAUAUGGAAAGAUUUUUAGAAUUUAAUUCAGCACAAGUCCAGGUCCAAAAGAAUGUGUCAAACUGUCCAGCUCCUCACUUUGCCACGUCGGUAGCUUUGAGAUUUGUCGAAUAUACUUGGACCAAUUAAGCGUGAUUAGUGCCUACUCUCUUUACUUAAUACGUUAUUAGUGAUAUGAGACUGAUUGGCUCAAAAUUUUCUCUAGUUCCCACUACGAAGACUUGAAGAAGACUUGGAGAAGACUCUUUUGCUAUAAGUUUGAAGUUUGCGGUGAACCCAUGUUAUGUGUCUCUUUGCUUAAAACAAUAUUAUUCUUACUCCAAGACAACCAUGUCGCAUUCGCGUCUUUGUUUACUCUCAGCACUCUUACUCUGUUGUGUCUUUGAAACAAGCUUCUUAACUAUAGAUGCUCUGCUUGUUACUGGUUUUUCUGCUUGUCGUCCCGAUCAGAUUGAAGCCCUCGUGCAAUUCAAGGAGGAGUUUGAUUCCCGUGGUUGCAACCACAACGACUAUGUCAAUGGUGUCCGGUGCAACAACGUUACGGGUGCGGUCAAGAAAUUACACCUCCCAAGUGGCUGUCUCAGUGGAACUCUGAAGCCUAACAGUAGCCUCUUCCGAUUGCAACAUCUCCGUUACCUCAACCUCUCUAACAACGACUUCACUUCAUCUCCACUCCCUUCCGCUUUCGGCAAUCUCAACAGACUAGAGGUUUUAUUUCUUUCCUCUAAUGGUUUCGUAGGUCAAGUUCCUUCCUCAUUUAGUAACCUAAGCCAACUUUCCCUUUUAGACCUAUCCUGGAACGAGCUCACUGGUGAUUUUCCACCACCUCUAGGCAAUCUAAGCAAGCUAACUCGACUAAGCCUUUCCGAUAAUGAGUUCUCAGGAGCUUUGGAUCCCAACAACAGCCUCUUUGGGUUGCAUAAUCUCCGUGGCCUUAGUCUUGCUUACAACUACUUCACCACCUCCUCCUCUUCAUUCUUUUCCGGAUUCGAAAAACUAAAUAGAUUAGAGAUCUUGUUUCUUGCCUCUAAUGACUUCCAUGGCCAAAUACCUUCCUCCAUUAGUAACCUCACCCAACUUUCCAUUCUAGGUCUUGAUGAUAACAGGCUCACUGGUAGUAUCCUACCUCUACAGAAUCUAACCAAUCUCUCAGUGUUAGGGCUUGUCGAUAAUAACUUCACUGGACCCCUCCCUUCUUAUAUACUCACUAUGCCUUUCAUGUCAUAUCUUGAUCUACGUGGAAACCAUUUCACCGGCCCCAUUGAAGUUUCAAACUCCUCUUUGUCUUCUUCUAGGCUAGAGCAUCUGCUCCUUGGGUAUAACCAAUUUGAAGGUCAGAUCCUAGACACUGUCUCAAAGCUUACCACCCUAAUAGAUAUCAACCUUUCUUUCCUAAACAUAAGCUACCCAAUUGACUUUAGAAUCUUCUCGUCUCUCAAAUCUUUGUUGAAGCUUGAUCUUUCAGGUAAUAGUAUAUCACCAGCUAGUUUAAGUUCAGAUUCAAACAUCCCACUGCCCCUAAGAUACUUAGUAUUGAGAGACUGCAACAUCGGACGGUUCCCAAAAUUAUUAAAUUCUCUCCAAGACUUGGAAAUAUUAGACAUUUCCAAGAAUAGAAUCAAAGGGAAGGUCCCUGAAUGGUUAUGGAAGAAUCUUCCUCGUCUCAGCUUCGUGAAGCUUGCUAAAAAUCUUUUCGAUGGAUUUGAAGGUUCAGCAGAAGUUUUAGUAAAUUCAUCAGUGAACAUAUUAGACUUGUCCUUAAACCGUUUUGAAGGAGCAAUGCCAAUUCUACCACUCUCUAUCAAAAUAUUGGGAGCACGGUACAAUCAUUUCACAGGAAACAUACCUCUUUCAAUAUGCAGCCGAAGCUCCUCUCUUGAGGUUCUUGAUCUAGCCUACAACAACGUCACCGGUGCAAUUCCUCAGUGUCUAAGCAACCUUCGGGUAGUGAAACUUCGAAAAAACAACUUGGAAGGAAGCCUUCCGGACAUGUUCUCAGUGGGUGCCACGUUGCGCACACUUGAUGUUGGCUACAACCAACUAACGGGGAAGCUUCCAAGAUCUCUUCUAAAUUGCUCCUUUAUCAAGUUCAUAAGUGUUGACAACAACAGAAUCGAAGACACGUUUCCUUUCUGGCUCAAGGCUUCACGAGAUUUGCAAGUCCUUACUCUCAGUUCAAAUAGAUUUUAUGGUCAUAUCUCUCCUCCAGAUCAAGGUCCCUUAGGGUUUCCUCAGCUACGAAUACUUGAGGUAUCGGAUAACAACUUCACUGGAAACUUGCCAGCAAACUACUUUGUGAACUGGAAAGCACCAUCACUCAAGACGAAUAUAUUUGGGAGGAUGUAUAUGACAGACUACGAGAAUGGUGACUUUGCUGAUGAAGACACGAUAGACUUGCGAUACAAAGGUCUACACAUGGAGCAACAGAUGGCCCUUACUUCCUACACAACCAUUGACUUUUCUGGAAACAAACUUGAAGGACAGAUUCCUGAAUCUGUUGGUCUCUUGAAGACACUUAUUGCACUCAACUUAUCCAACAACGCCUUCACAGGACACAUUCCUAUGUCUUUGUCAAAUGUUUCCAAGCUCGAGUCACUCGACCUUUCAAGAAACCAACUCACAGGGACUAUUCCUAAUGGACUUGGAAGCCUCUCGUUUUUGGCGUUCAUAGAUGUGUCUUAUAACCAACUCAAAGGUGAAAUACCACAAGGAACUCAAUUUAACGGGCAAGCUGAAUCAUCAUUUGAAGGGAAUGCAGGUCUCUGUGGUCUUCCUCUACAGGAGAGUUGCUUCCACCCAAGUGUGCCACCGAUGCAACACCCAAAUCAAGAAGAAGAAGAAGAAGGAGUGGGUUUAAACUGGAAAGGAGUGGCUAUAGGAUAUGCUCCUGGAGUGUUGUUAGGAUUUGUGAUAGGUCAAGUCGUUGCUUCAUACAAACCAGAAUGGCUUGUCAACAUAAUUGGUACAAACAUACUCAGAACCCGUUAGAUUUUGUUUAUGUUUUGCAUUUUAUCUUUAAACGUUUGUCAAAGUAGUUCAUGUUUGUGUAAUAAAGCACCAAGUAUCAAUAAAGACUUCAAACA